AGCUCCACUGCUCCGCAGACCGCCCCGGAAGGUUUUUAACCGGGCACUUUCAGCGUGACCUCCGGUUCCUUGGCGGAAACAUUUAGAAGUUGCAGAGAGAGCGAGACUGGGAGAUUUGGGUCUGUAACAUUGUGGAGGACCGGGCAGUGGAAAGGCGGAGGCAGCAGCGGGAGCCGGCGGAGGGCCCGGCAGCGACGAGAUGGCGGGCAACUUCUGGCAGAGCUCGCAUUACUUACAGUGGAUCCUUGAUAAGCAAGAUGUGAUGAAAGAGCGGCAGAAAGACUUGAAAUUCCUGGCAGAAGAAGAAUAUUGGAAAUUGCAAAUAUUUUUUGCGAAUGUAAUCCAAGCCCUAGGGGAACACCUUAAAUUGAGGCAGCAGGUUAUUGCAACUGCAACAGUCUACUUCAAGAGGUUCUAUGCCAGGUACUCACUGAAGAGUAUAGAUCCAGUAUUGAUGGCUCCAACUUGUGUAUUUUUAGCAUCGAAAGUAGAGGAAUUUGGUGUGGUCUCAAACACGCGUUUGAUUUCAGCUUCAACUUCUGUGUUGAAAACCAGGUUCUCUUAUGCAUUUCCUAAGGAAUUUCCCUACAGAAUGAACCAUAUAUUGGAAUGUGAAUUCUAUUUGUUAGAGUUAAUGGAUUGCUGCCUGAUAGUAUACCAUCCAUAUAGACCACUGCUACAGUAUGUACAAGAUAUGGGACAAGAAGAUAUGUUGCUACCAUUAGCAUGGAGGAUAGUGAAUGACACCUACAGGACAGAUCUUUGCCUCAUGUAUCCUCCAUUCAUGAUAGCCUUGGCUUGUUUGCACGUAGCAUGUGUAGUCCAGCAAAAAGAUGCACGUCAGUGGUUUGCUGAACUCUCAGUGGAUAUGGAAAAGAUUCUUGAAAUAAUCCGAGUCAUUCUGAAGCUGUAUGAUCUAUGGAAGAAUUUUGAUGACCGAAAAGAGAUGGCUGGAAUCCUUAACAAGAUGCCAAAACCGAAACCACCUCCAAACAGUGAAGGAGAACAGGGCCCUAAUGGUAGUCAAAAUUCUACCUACAGCCAGUCCUAAGAAACGGACAAUUCUGUGUACAAAAGAUGUAGAGCUGAGUAUAUUUCGACUGUUUGAUAGCCAAGGAACUUCCUUACACUUCAUGAGGACAUUCUGCAAGUAGGCACAGUGGUGGGAAGACCCAUGAUAUUGAGACUGGAGAUGAUUUAUCACAGUUAUUCAGAAAAAAAAACUAUUGUUGGAAACUAAGAAGAAUACUCUUAAGAACUGCUGCUGCAAAAAAAACACUUGAGUUUCAUUUAUGUUUGUAACUUUGUCAAAUAUUUUAGAGAGGACAUUUUAUUUAUUGUCCUACUUGUACUGCAUUUUAAAACUAUGCCUAAUAAAAUGUAAACUGGGGUAAAAGAUUUAUACAAAUUCCCCAAUUGAAUUUUGAAUUACAAUCCAAGGAAAACUGGUUCGGCAAUUUGGGGGGGGCAGGGGGAAUAUGGUUCUAAGUUGGUGAUUUCUUUCCUUAAGGAAAUAUGUACCUUUUUUAAAAAGCAACAAUAAUGUUGGUACUUGAAAUAUGUGGAAUUAAAAUAAUUAUGAAAUGGAACCUGUAAAGUUUGUGGUAGAGAUAUUUCUAUUGUGAGUUCAAGGUUCAGAUUUCCCAUUUCAUGUUUCCAGAUACAUUAGGAUUGAUCCUUUCUAUUUGCAAAGCUCUGGAUUAAAACUGUUAAUCUUUAAAUAAAGUAAAAGGAGAAAACAUGAAGAAAUACUAUUUUUAAAGGUGAUCUUUAGUAGGGUUACUUCUAGUUUUGUAGAUAGUCCUAUUACAGUGUUUGUGAUAUAACAACUGAUCUUUGGGCUUGGCCCUAGCAUCUAUACAAGAUGUAUGGUAAUAUUUGGUAAGGUUGAAAAUACUCUGGUUACUUAUUUAAUAACUUAAAAGUGGCCAUCUGAACUUUAAAAACAAACUAAAUGAACCAGUGCUAUAGGGAGAUCACUGGCUGCUUUUUAACUGUCUUGAUGUGGGUAAAGCAUAAACAUGCAAACUUUUUUUUCUGUUCAUGCCUGUUUAAAUAGUUUACUUUUGGAGGAGUUUCCUCCUUGCUGUUUUGACCAUCACUCUUUGGAUUGUACCAGUUUUAUUAAAUUUGCCAGCAUUUGAGUGACAUUUAUGUUGAACUUUUCUAUAGAAAAGUGUAAUUGAGUUACAGCUGUUACAAAAAUGACAACACUUAAAGUGCUUAUUUGGCUGUAAGGCCCUUUAGGAUGUCCAUAAGUUUAAAAACAGCAUCAUUAUAAUUGCAAGUCUUUUAUUAAAUCUGUUACAGAAAGGGACAUAUUUGAAAUGAACAGGGAUAUCGUCAUAUUUAGUACCUUUUCUGAGCCAUGCUAAAAUAUGACUUUUUAAAUAUUUUGUGAUGUGGAUAAGAUUUUCUGAAAGUACAGUGGUUGAAACAAUCGAGUCAGUAGAGACUAUUACACUGUACAGCGAUGAACAACAAUCUCUACUACUGAAAUUCCUAGAAAGCACAUUUUCAGAUGUUUUUCCUAUUAAAGUGAAUUGUGAAAUUAACCUUAUGAAUUGUAUUGCAUUAAAGUGGACAGUCUGAUCUAUUUUUCAUUUUGAAGUUUAUGGCAAAUGUGGUUUUGUUUUUAUUUUUAUAACCCCAUUCCCUUAUCUAAGCCACAACCCAACUGUCAGAGUCUAUAAUAUUUUAUCUGCUUGAUAUGCCUUGGUCUAUAAAUUAAUAUGACCACAGACUGAAGAAAUCAGAUUGCUUGAAUGACUUGUGAUUUUUCACUGUAGCACAUUGGUGCCACAAUAGUGGAACUUUGACUUACAAUUCUAUCCUUGAAUCUGUGGUGGGUUAAAUAAUGAUCUAAGGAUACCUUAUAGGUAUUGAGAAUUUGAAACCAAGAUAAAUGAAUAUAUCAUAUCUGUUAACCAUCUAUACUAGAAUAAACAAAUGCAAAUUAAAGCAUUCUCAAACUAUUUCUUCAAUAGUUUAAAAUCUGGAGUUUUUAUACCUCUGUUUAGCAGAUGAUAACAUUUGCAAAAAAUGUGAAGAUGUUCAAAAUAAACCAAUAAACAACAUUCUCCACC